UGACAUUUGAGUAAAAUGGAGUUUGCUUUUGGUAAUUUUAACUUGUGAUUAUUGCAUUCGAUUAAAAUUUAGCAAAUAUAUUUAGUGAACAUUAGCAAAAAUGAAUUCGCUAAUGAGUUAUGGAAGUGAUGACGAUUUGGACGAUUCUCCAGAAGAAAGAACUGUGGAUUCCCAUGGGAGAAGCCUCAGAAAAUCGUCGGGGACCACACCACCCAAUGACACCAACUACGAUGAAGUCCAGAUGAGUCUUAGUGAGGACUCCGACGCUGAAUCCAAGCAGGCCGCGAAAUCCCGGCGGGACCGCGAGGACCAAAGGAGUAGUCCCAAAAACAGGGAUUCCAAGGACUCGGCGCAAAGAGAUCGGCGAGACGAUAGAUCGGAGAGGGAUAGAUACAGUGGGAGAGAUCGAAACGAUGAUAGAAACAGGAGAGAUAGGGAAGAGGAUAGAACGAGGAAUAGAGAUGAAAAAGAUGAAAGAGGUAAAAGUAGGGACGAGGAUAAAAGACACAGGGAUCGCGACGAGGAUAGAAGGGACGCGAGAAGAGACGAUAGAAGAGCUCGAUCGCGAGAUCGGUACAACAAUCGAGACGAUAGACAUAGGCAAGACAGGGACAGAAGAAGAAGUAGAUCACCUAGAGACAACAGGGAAAGGAGACGGAGCAGAUCUCCCAAGAAAUCGAGGUCUCGAUCGAAAGAGAGGCCUAACAGAGGAGGAUUUCAGAGAAGGUUCGACAGAGGCAACAGAAAUAAUGAUCAAAGACAGGGCAACGUUGCAACGGAAGCGGUGCAAAGCGAGGACAGUCAAAAUAAAGAUAGAUUCUUCAUGCCGGGCAUCACCGGUCGGUUCAGGGAUCAAAUAGAAAAGCGUAAAUUGCUGUGGCAGAAGAAAGAACCCGGUGAAAAUCCGGCGCCCGCGACUAGCGGGGCGCCUGCUACUUCUGCGCAGAAUCCGCACGCCCCAAAAUCUACGAAAAUUUGGCAGAAUACCACCUUCGCACAAGACACCGACGGCAAAGUGGCGAAUAAGUUCAAGAGGUUGAUGGGCAUCAGAGCGCCGGGGGACGGGGAGAAUUCGGCCAACGAGGCGCUGAGAAAGCAGGACGAAAUGUUUAGCGCUAUGGAACAACAAUACGAAGUGGCCAGGACGACGACUCACACUAUGAGAGGCGUGGGACUGGGUUUCAGUAGUUUUAAUAGAUAAGAUGAAUCAUAUUGUAGAUUGGAUAUUUUGGAAAUGUUUAGCGCAAGAUCGAUAAUUUUGUGUGAAUGUAAUAAUCCCGUUUGUGGAGAUUUUUCUUUUUUUUUUUUUUAAUUUCGUUGUUGAACAAAAUCGUUACCUAUUGAAUAUCUAUUAGUUAAUUUCAAUGCAAUCGAUCAAUAUCUAUUAAUUUGAUGCGAGCUAUUAUUAUACUUUUUUUGUGUGAUUUCUAAUUUAUAUUUGUUUUAAUAAAAGCAUUCUAGUUUAAUAGAACCGCAGGAGCUGUUUGCAAAACAACAUACAUUCUCGAAAUCUUACCCGACGAAUUUUUUCGAUAUAAAAAUUCUUAUAUUCCAUACAUUUUUGCAUACUAAAUAACUGUAUGUACAUGGUUAAUUUUUAUUUAAAUAGGUAGGAAUUUAUGAGACAAUAAUUGCCGGAAAAUGUUAACAAUAUAUGGUUAAAAAAUACGAAUAUUUCGAAAUUUAGGUAUAUAAAAUAGUUAACAUAAAGAAUAAUGGUAGAAGCAUCAAAUUUGUAAACUGUUAGUCAAGUUAGUAUAAAUCCAAGUCCGAAGCAUUUAAAAGUACAGUCGAAUUAAGCAACUUUAUUACUAAUAAAAAACAAAAAAAAGUCCUGGAAACUCAUAAAUUCCUACAUAUCUCGGGGUAUUAAAAUUAAAUAGAUUCCGGAGGGGACGCAGAUCCGCUUUCGGGUUUACUUUCUAAAGAAAACGGCGGUAUUCUGCAGUCGAAAGUGUAGCCAUCUUCCCUUUCCAUUCGAAAAGUGCCCCUAAAACAAUCACCCUAGAAUCUUCACACAAUUACCACUACUAUUAAUAGUUACCACAUAUGACCGCUAGGCGCUUGCAGACUGACGUGACUGCUGUACUGAAAAGCCGGCAAAGCUCUCGUUAGAGCCGGCUCCUGACCCACAACGCCUCUUCCUCUUACAGUUUCCAGCGUUCCGGAUAGAGAGAAUAUCCUCCAGUGCCUCUCCCUCAGCUGGACGCUCAGCGAACCCAAAUUUUCUAAGCGUAUGCAGUAUCUCCACUAGAAAACGUUUCGAUAUGUUACUAAAGCGGUGUAUUUAUAUUACAUCGAAGUGAUCUUACCCAGUAGACGGAAUUGGCAUGUGAUUCCCUACAUCCCAUGUAAAACGGGAUGACCGUCACUCUAAUAUUUUCCGUUGUUUCUUUGUGUACAUCGGAGAGCUCGAGCCACGGGUGGUUUUUGUUCUGCCAGGCUUUCAACGUUUCUUGAGCAGUAAAUGGAGGAUCUAAAAUUCAUAGCGAGUCAAUCGAGAAGUUACUAUAAGUUAGUAGAUAAAAUAUUGACCUCCUUUGGUGUUUGGAGUUAAAAAUUUGUCGAAUAAUUCGUGAUUCAAAGGGCUCUUUUCGGCGCUAACGUAGGGUAUAAUGUCUUCGUGAGCUACAUAAUCCAAACCCGGUAUAGCGUACAAGCUUCGGGACGAGUCUUGGUUCCCGAGGAACGUAACCGCCUCGGUUUGAGCCCUCUAAAAAACACUAAAUAUAAUAAACCUGAGGAUUGUAUAAAGCUUGAAUCGUCUUACAAUGUAAGGGCAAUCCCUUUGAUCGAUCAGAACUUGGUAAAACGUGUGGGUACGCCCCCGUACUUCUUUCCCAGCUCCAGUUGCUUGGCUCUCUUCGCCCUCUCUGCGAUUGGGAAGAUCUCUGUCGUAGACUCUGGCCAGCCAGGGGAACAGAACGACGCCCCGGUAACCGAACACCCUGUGCAGUAUUAGCUGUCCAGUUUCAUAUUUACCCGAAACCUUUGGGGUUUCCAAUCUACCCACUUCAGCUAGCCUGGAAACGAAAAUACCUUGCUAACCUCUACUAGAAUGUUCCGUUUACUUACCUAGCGUAAUUCCUGUGUGCUAGGAACAAUUUAGAUGCGGCCGAUAGGAAAUUGUAACGAAGCGAUAUCGAAACCAAUUCCAUUUUACAUUUUCAAUGCACCAAACGUCUGUGGAUGUUAUUGUGUAAAUGUCGGAAUUUUUCUAUAAUUUAGAAACAUUUGGAUCGAUGCGAGUUGUCUGGAGAUUCUGGUAAAACUGUUUCCUUGUUUAUUUCGACGAUUGAUCGUAGUUGAAACGAAAAUUUUAGUAGCCAAAUUUUUGAAAUAUUUUUUAGACUUUAGACAUUUUCGAUGGAAUGACAGUUGAC